UUUGGCCCCUUGUGCGAGUGAGUUUGACAUCCCUGGUGAAAUUCAUAAAUAUUUUGUGAGUUUCCCUCUAAGCAUGUGCGGGAGGGACGGUUCUCAUCCUCAGCAGCCCCCCCACUGGUCGGCGACGCCCUGCCCCGCCUUGAAAUGUGAGAUGCUUUUAUUUUGAUAGUGUCCGGAAGCCUCCCCCUCCCGCUUCAGUCCGCCUUCAGCUCCCAGCUCAGACCUCAGACCGUCGGCGGAUCAGCAAACGGGGACCCACACGGAGCAGAGCCGGGAGGAGGCGCGGAGGCUGAGGCUGCUUUUCCCGCGCGGACCCCCGUCACGCGGCCAGACCCGAGCUCGCCGUCCGUCCGCGGGGCCGCGCGGAGUCCAUGGCCUGGACUGACGCUGGAUCAGCUGCAGCGGAGGACUGCGAGAUGCUCCGAGCUGCCUGCAGCUGCGCACCCACACCGAUACCGACACCGAGCCCGGGACGCAGCGAUGUUCAUCAGACUAACGGCCAGGAUCUUGCGAUGGCUGGUGUGCGGCCGCGUGGGUCCGUUAUGGAUGUGGAAAGCCCUGCUGCUGUUUGUGGCCAUUGUUUUUGCCGGACAGCUCCUGGGGGUCAUCUUCAACAGGAGCGGAGUGCAGCCAGCUGUGCACUCCAUCUUCUCAUCCCCUGACGCUCAGGGCUCUUCGCUGGGUUCCUGUCAGCCCCACAACCACAUCAUGUUCCUGAAGACCCACAAGACGGCCAGCAGCACGGUGCUCAACAUGCUGUACCGCUUCGGAGAAGAGCACAGCCUCCGCUUCGCCCUGCCGCUGGGCUACCAGCUGGGAUACCCGCUGCCCUUCAACGCCCACAGAGUCAAGGGUUAUCGGGGUCCCAGAGUGGUGGAGUUCCACAUCAUGGGCAACCACAUGAGGUUUAAUAAGAUGGAGGUGGAGAAGGUGAUGCCUGCAGACACCUUCUACUUCUCCAUCAUCAGGGAUCCGGUGGCUCUGACCGAAUCCUCCUUCGCCUAUUACAAAGAAGUAGCUCCUGCCUUUAGGAAAGCCAAAGGGUUGGGGGAGUUUGCGGACGACCCCAACAGAUACUACGACCCCCGCCUCCGCAACAACCAGUACGCCCGCAACCUCCUGUGGUUCGACUUCGGCUUGGACCACAAUGCUAACUUCUCUGUGGCGCUGGCUCAGCGCGGAGAGGACCUGAUCCGCCGGACCUUUAAGCUGAUUCUGAUAUCGGAGUACUUUGACCAGUCCAUGAUUCUGCUGAGGCAUGCCCUCUGCUGGCCACUGGACGCCGUGGUCUCGUUCAGCCUUAACGCUCGCCAACAGAAGCCCAUCGUUGGAGGAGUGAGCGGAAUCUGGAUGGGCAAAGCGGCAGCGGCGGCUGGCGUCGGAGGUGGACGCUCACAAGCCAGGAUGCCGCCCAACCUGUCGCUGACUGAGGAUCAGCGGGAGAAGCUGCGGCAGUGGAAUGCCUUAGAUUGGUACCUGUACAAAGCCUUCAACCGGACCUUCUGGGAGGAAAUCGAUAGAUUCGGCCGCAAGCAGAUGGAGCGAGAAGUUGCGCUCCUCAGGAUGAGGAGGGAACAUCUCGCCAGGGUUUGCCUCAGAGACGGCGGGAAGCCUGUGGAGGCUCACCGAAUCCGGGAUAAGAAUAUCCGGCCCUUCCAAAGUGGAUUUGUUAGAAUUCUGGGGUAUGAGCUCCAGCCCGGGCUGGACAAUGCCACCAGAAUGUCCUGUCUGAGGAUGAUCAGGCCUGAGAUCCAAUACAAAGACCUGCUCGACUCUAAACAGUUUCCACAGGUCCCGCCCAUCCAAGCCCCCCAGAACCCGAUGCUGUUAGCAGCAGGCGCGGGAUCUUUUCUGAGACCAGAGUCUAGUAAAAGAGAGAUUGGCGGGAGGACUAUAGAGGAGGGCAGCAAAGACUGGGACGGUAGCCGUUUAGUCCAGAGGAACCAGACUGUGGUUCGAGGGUCAGGGACAGGACGCUCUCCAUAGUGUGUUUUGUAUCUCUUUGUGAAACUUUUGGAGGUUCGUUUACACCGGAGAAACGCCCAGCUUCUCCUUUGCACUUCCAAGUUUUCCUAAUAACCCCCAGCUUUAGUUGGUGGUGAGAUGUUUUCCAACCUAAUCGAAGAAGAAGAAUGGUAAAUGGUAAAUGGCGUAUACUUGUAUAGCGCUUUCUACCCUCCUUCGAGGGCCCAAAGCGCUUCACAGUCACAGACCCAUUCACCCAUUCACACACACAUCCACACACUGG